AUGGAUGAUGUGGCAAGAGACUACGUCAGUAUGCUGUCUGAAGGCAUCCAGUCGUGUGAGCGAUUGGUAAGCACCACCCUGGUGUCCCUGCUGGAUCCGGGUAUACUAAGGACCCACGAAGUAGCCAAGCAGUUGACAUACUGCCACCUUCUGAACCAGACCGACUGUGAUACCACCACUGCUGACAAUAAGACUCCUCAGUUCGCCGUGGUCAUCUACAACCCGGCCAGUGUUGCAGUCACGCCGUACUUACGCCUGCCACUAUCCACCGACAAUUCCGCCGUCCUGAGCGUCAGCGGGCCAGGAGGCGCCAGGAUCGAAUCACAGAUCGUGCCGUUAGCUCCACACCGCCACAGAAUCCCGGAAAGCAAAGGCACGGCGAAGUCUUCUCUGGUGUUUCAAGUUAACGUACCACCCCUAGGAGCCAGCAUAUACCACGUGAGGAGCCCUAAGGUCGCGCCAACGAAACUUCGAAACUUUCUCGAAAUCCACGAGCAGGACAACUUCAUCGAGAACGAGAGGUACCGCGUCGAAAUGGAGCCCGGCACGGGGCUGGUGUCAGCAGUCGUGCUGCGGAAGCCCAACACGUCAGUCAAGCUCCGCCAGUCCUUCGGAGCGUACGCGUUCGGCGGUGCCAGUCCCGACGAGGCGCGCCCUCCUGGCCACUACGUCUUCAGCGCCUACAGUGAAGCGCGGGAGAUGGGAGACCACGUCACCCACCGUGUGGUCAAGGGGCCGGUAGUGCAAGAGAUCCACCAGAUCUUCAACGACUACAUCUCGCAAGUGGUAUCGCUGCAGAAAGACAGUCCGUUCAUCGAGUUCACCUGGACCGUGGGACCUUUGACGAAGCUCAUGGAGAGCACGGGUUGGAGCAGGAUGUCCGGCUGCGACGUAGUCAGUCAGUUCGAGACGAACCUCAGCAGCUCAGAGUUUUACACGGACGAAGGACGCUGCACAAAUACAAACUACCAAUUUCCUUCCAACUACCCCAUCACUUCGUGGAUCUACAUCAAGGACCGAACCCAAGGGCUGCAGAUGAUGGUUCUUCCGGACCGCGCACAGGGAGGCAGCAGCCUGCGCUCGGGCCAACUCGAACUCAUGGUUCACCGCCGCCACAUGACCAACGACAAUCUGGGCGUGGGCGACUCUUUGCAAGAAGUUGGCGGCGACGGUGCUGGCCUGGUGGUGAAAGGCACCCACCGGCUGUUCCUUGGCUCCAUAUCAGAGGCGCGACAACUUCUGCGGCCGCAGGCACUGCAGCUCGUCUACAGACCACUCCUGCUGUUCGCUCCCGCUGGGUGGAAGCCAGUUAAUGAAAGGACUAGCUGUCUUAGUCGCACACUUACAGUUUCGCUGUCCGACGGUUUCGACUGCACGGAACUGGAGUAG